AAUUAAUGGAGGAAGUUGCCUGCGGGAACAGACUUAAAGAUGUGGUCGAAAAAUGUAUCAUGACUACAAGCAGAAAAGUUGAAAUAAGGCUCGCUACCAGCCAUUAUUUCAAUUGCUUUAAGGAAGAAUUAUACCAAGAAGUUGAUCCAGACCGUGACAUUGGCAAUCGUAUUCUUGAUGUUUAUGCUAACCAUGAUUAUCAAAAGGAAUUGAACUUCACCAAGAGAGAAAUCUUUAACAGCUCAUUCAAGGCUAAUCAGGUCUACGUGAGGAAUAUAAAAUAAUGUUAAGAACAUUUUAGGAUUUCUGGAACUUUCAUUCUCUCAAUCAACCAACGUGUUUUAUGUCCAUGCGAGUCAAAGAAAGUUUCUUAAUAUGGCCUCUUGCCUAAAUGCGUUCACUAGAAUCAGUUGGAGAGUAUUGAAGGGGAUGUUUAUCUGUUGGUUCAAAAUUAGUGCUCCCCAGCUUCAGAAAAUUAUAGCUUCUUACAGGCAUGUUGAAGACCUCGGGAUAUGUUAUUGUAAAUUAUCGCUUUCUGUUGUCAUGAACUUUACUGAAGCAUUGAAAAAUUUUAACAUAAAGACGCUAAGUUUUAGUUAUUCAGGAAGAUAUGACUAUUCUGACUGGAAGAGCAAUCCUGAAGAAUUAGUAAAUCUGAUUAAAGGAUUAGCCACUUCUUCAGAUCUUAUAUCUAGCCUUGAACAUUUUGAUAUUUCCUAUUGUGGAAUCAGCAUUGAUAAAGCUAAAAGAAUCCUUGAAGAAAACUCAUUUGGAAAGAUACAGUUAACGCUUAUUUAGAAAAAUUGUAUUGAGCUG